UGUCCCUGAAUUACAAAAUGCCGCUACGAAGUUGAUUGAGAUUGAACCUUUUACCAGCUGUGACUUCUCGUUGAUCCCCGUACACUACCGACAAAACCCGACCUCAUCCCUCCGUCGCUGAAGCCUCCAACAGCAUCAUCCAAAUACCCCGAGCUGAUCCCCCACCCCUGCGUUUUCUUUCGAACUGCUAUUGCGCCAGUACAUGCAGCACCGCCCCCGCCACCAUGGGGACAACAUCCGUCCGUCGCAACCUUUUCCAUCACCAUCUAAGCAGACGGCCUGUACCCGCCACGACACCAGAUGAACCCAUGCAGAAUGGCGGUGCCAACGGCAAGAUGUCCGAUCUUUCCUCCCGUAUGCUGGCAUCUACGUCCUCCGGGUCUACGUCAUCGCUGAGCUCCGGACCGGUCGAUAAUGGGGAGAUCGUCACGCGGGAUCAGAACGGCGCGUAUCAGCUUGAUAUUCCUGUCUUGCCCCCGGUUUCGGGGGAUACGGGUGACGAGAUGGAAGGUGUUGAAGACGGGCCUGGUGGCGCUGGCGCUGAUUCUACGGCUCAGACGGAGAUUGGGACGCGGGAAAAGGAGAAAAUCGAGGCGAGUUUGGUGGAAAUGAUGUGCCGGAAUCGAAACAGGCAAAUGAGCAACGAGCCGGCCGAAAUUCUGAAUCUUAUUCAACAAAGUCUUCGGAAUAAAGUCGCCGCGCUGCAGGACGACAAUUGGAUGUACGAGCCAGAGGUUAAUUCGCGAGUAUGAUUGAAUUACGUAUUGGUGUCAGUGUUUGCCGCCCAUGCGACCUAUCCUAUCCGAAGGCAAUCAAUCAAUCUACCUAAUCCAGAUCGAGACUUUUCGGCGGCGCUUCGACUCUCCUCGACUGUCCCUGACCCUGCGAUCCCUGACCUCCGAACAACAUGCUGCCCAUCAUAUCCAAUAGAGGAUUUCCUUGUCUGGGAAUCUUGAUCGCAAAGUACUGCUCGCCAAUCUGCGCCAAGGCAUCAUCCCAUAUGCCCACU